AUGAUUAAGAUGAAUAAAAAAAUCGCCAUUUAUUCAGUGCUUGGGAUUUGGUUAAUAUUGGUUAAUUUAUGGCUAUUUAAUUAUAAAUCAUCAGUUAAAGUAACGAGUAUUUAUGAUGAUGAAAAUCCAAUACCAAAACCUAGUCAAAAACUCAAUGAUGAUGGCAAAACAAUCAAUCUAGAUUUUAGAAAUAACGAGUUAGUUCGUUCAAUUCUUAAAAAAUUAAGCAUUAAAGAUGAAAGAAAAUUAGAUGGACAUUCAGUAAUUUAUGACAAACUUUUAAAAAAUCAUGAAUUAUCAACCAUUUUGAACUUAGAUUUCAAUGAAAGAUGUGAUUUAUUUUUCAAAAAUUUAUAUUUACAUAAUACAAAUUGGUUUUUGGACCCCAAUGAAGAUUUUCCUUUGGAUCAUAGACAUCAAUUUGAUUUCGAAAGUUUCAGAAAAUCCGUUACAAAUGAAGUUAAAGAAAAGUAUGCUGAAAAACACGGAUUAGAUAAAAAUGAUGUAAAAAUUAAUGCUGAAGUUGAAAAAAUGAUUACAGAUGCUUAUGAAGCUUUCUGGUACAAAACCAUGGACGUGGAACAAAGAGUUAUUGAUUCUUUAUCAACAUUAAGAAUCUUCAAUAAAUGUUAUGUUACUAAUGAUAACACUUAUCAAAUCAACAAGAAUAAAAAAUUAGUAAGGUCAGAACAAUCAUUUGCAUCCAAGCAUGAUUUCAAUUUAACACCGGAUGAAAGAUUAAUCAAUACCAAAAGUUUCAAUAGUUGUAAUGAAAUUGAAUCAAGAGUUUAUAAAUGGUUAAGUUUUGCAUAUCCAGUUUUUGAACGUUGGACUGGUGAUCAACUUUCUUCACCUCCUGAUAUGAAAAAAUACGUUGACUAUCCUGAAGUUUUCAAGACCACCAAUAAUAAAUUCAAAGGGACCAUUGGGAAACCAAUUAAGAGUGAAUUCACUAAUAAUAAACCAUGUUUCUUGAAUGAAUUCAAAAACCGUAUGAAUGGUAAAGGUCUUGUUUUGAGUAUCAGUGAUAAACACGUUGAUGAUACUGUCAAAUUAAUUCAAUUAUUAAGAGCUUUGAAUAAUCAUUACCCUAUUCAAAUUGUCUAUUAUGAUUCAUUAUCAUCAGAACUGAAACGUAGAAUUGUAAAUGCUGCCAGAAACAAGAUGGUUGAUUUACCUCAGAGUUUCCUUAAAGUUAAGCAUCAUUUCCCUAAAGAUUAUUUCAAUGAAAAAGAUGGUGGAUUACCAAAACAAGAAGUUUGGUUUGUUAAUGCUUAUAAUGCAAUUCAUAUCAAUUAUCGUGAUAAAUUCAGGAAAUUUGCUAGUAAAUUUUUAGCUGCGUUAUUCAACUCUUUUGAAGAGUAUAUGUUAAUUGAUGCUGAUACUGUUUUAGUUCAAAAUCCUGAAUUUUUCUUUAAAUUGAAAAACUAUGUUGCCAAAGGUGCUUAUUUCUACAAGGAUAGAACAGCAGCAGAAUUUAGACCAACUUCUGAUGGGAUCUUUUUCCAAAAAAUUUCUCCCAGUGUAAUUGAUAAAGUUAUGUUUGACAUACCGAUUAUAACUAGUUAUACUACUAAUAGAGAAUUUUUUGAUGGUAUGGGACAUUAUAUGGAAUCAGGAUUAGUUUUAAUCAAUCGUCAUCUUCAUUUCAAUUCAGUAUUAGCUAUGGUUCAAUUGAAUUUUUAUAAUCCCGCAACAAGUAGAGUUUAUGGAGAUAAAGAAAUCUUCUGGUUAGGUUUUGCUGCUAAUGGAGAUGAAGAUUAUCAUUUCAAUAAAUUUUUUGUUGCAGCUAUUGGAACUCAAACUCCUCAAACUGAUAGAUUAACUUCUGAAGGUAAAUUAAAAAUUUCAAGAGAAAUUUGUUCAGCUCAUCCCGGUCAUAUUAAUGGUGAAGAUGGUAAAUCCCUUAUUUGGUUUAAUUCUGGUUAUAAAUUCUGUGGACAAAGUGAAAGAGUUGAUUAUGAAAGUGAAGUCCAAAGACAAGAUAGAUUAAAAUUCCUUAAAAAUGCAAAGGACAUGAGAAAAUAUUAUGAAAGCCCAAUCCCAUUAAAACAUGCAAUCAUCCCUCCUUUUAAAUCCAAAACCGAAACUUUAUGUGAUAAUGCUAUAGAAGAACCUAAAGAAGGAUGGAAAAUGGAUAGAGAUUAUUGUAGAAGUUACUUAUGGUGUGCAUAUUCAAGUAUUGGUGGGUUAACCAAAGAUGGAGGUGACAAUACUCAAGUCGGACAGUUUUUCGAAUUCGAUGAUGAAAGUGUUGAUUUGUUCCAAUAUUAUGGUGAUGUUUGGGUAGGAAACGAAUAG